AUGGGAUCCCCCAUCUCACCAAUAGUCGCAGAAAUAUUUAUGCAAGAAUUGGAAAAAAAGCUUGUCAAAAACAAUCGCAACAUUAUCUACUGGCGUAGAUUUGUGGAUGACGUCUUUGCCAUAAUAAGGAUUCGAAGGAAAAGCCACAUUUUAAGUCUAAUCAAUUCGUUCCAUGAAUCCAUUCAAUUCACAUUUGAGGAUGAACAACAGGGACAAUUACCUUUCCUGGAUCUCAUGCUGUACAAGAAACCGGACAACUCGAUUGGUCAUCAAAUUUACAGGAAGCCUACGCAUACAAACUUGUACCUGAAUUAUCACUCUUUUCAUCCCCCGGCACACAAAAUUGGCGUAACGGAUACCCUGCUGACAAGAGCUUUAAGACUGUCAGAUGAAGACCAUUUAGAGAAUGAAAUCAAAUACACAAUCAAAAUCUUGGAAGAAAAUAAUUACCCACGAAAAAUGAUUGAAUACAGACUGAAGAAAGUCAAAAACAAAAUGCAGUAUAACAAUAACAACAACUCACUAGACGAACCAGUCAAAAGAAUUAUUUUACCGUGGGCAGGUGAAACCACCACAAAAAUUGCACGAUUUCUAGAAAGAAAACUAGAAAUGAAAAUAGGUUACAUUCCUGGCCCGAAGUUAUCCAGAAUGCUAACCAACACUAAAGAGAAACCGAGAACAAUAAAUUGUGGGAUUUAUUCAAUUCAAUGCAGUAAUUGUCCAGCAAAGUAUAUUGGAGAAACAGGACGUGAUUAUACUACAAGAAUUCAGGAACACAUUCAUGCCAUUAGAAGUGGAAAUGUAAGAUUAUCUCCUGUUGCUCUACACAUGCAUGAACAUGAACACAAUUUGGACCCAAAUUCGUAUAAAUUAAUUCUAAAAGAACCUAGAAGAUAUUUUCGGAAAUUUAAAGAAGCACUGUUCAUCAAAAGUACCACUAACAAGAUGAACAUUUCGAGAGGAGUCGCAGUCAGCCCUAUCUGGUCAAGUACACUAACAAACUUUUUAACAUAUACACAAUAG